GUUUUUGGAUUCUCAAGAACCCGGUGCACGUUAUCGAAGUCGUAAGUACUGUUGGCUUCUUCUUUUGUCGGUGCCUAUGUUCUCCAGUUAUUUAAGUGUGCAUGUCAAAAUUAUGUCGAUUUAGGGCAAUAAAUAAGUCAUCAUAUUCCAAUGACUUUCUACCUUUUAAUAGUGUAUAACAUCUUCCCUUAUUAUUGGUGUUACAACGCUUAUUAAACUCGUAGUAACUCCCGGGAGAGUCUGAAUGUAUUGAUUGUGAAGGAUAAAAAAGACAGCAAUCAAGACAUUAUGUUGUUGCAUUCACAACACAAGGAAGUGCUGCAAAAGAAUUAACAGUUCUUAAGUGCAAAAAUCCUUUGUAAAACAGGAAAGCUUCACAGAUAGUUCAUUUGUUUUUGUUAGUGCGAAAUAUCGACAGCUUUUGUAAAUUACAGGUUGUUCACACCAAUUCUGGCAUUUUCCGAUCGCCCAAUGCUUCCGAAAGUUGACAUAUAAUUCAUGAUCCCCAAGCCCGUUUUGCUAAUUACACCAUCUGGCAACCUCGACCACUAAAUUGCACUUUAUAACGUAUGUCAGCCUAGAGCAAGUGUGCAUUAGUUUAAGUUACUAAGGUUUUUACUACUAGUAGGGGGGUCACUAGGCGGUGAGUUGAACCAUCAUGCCAGUAACCAGACGUCAUAUGUUGUCCAGAUUAAAAAACUAGUGGGAAUCCAACUGUAGUUUUCCUAUAAAUUCUUUAUAACAUGGGAACUACUUCAACUAAAAUAUAUCUUAGAUGUGUAUUCAACUGAACUAUUUCUUAGGUUGCGAGUUUUUUUUACCAACAUUUCUAUUUUAUUGACUGCACUUUGUCCUUCACAAUACUUUGUGGAUCAUACGUUUUCGUAUCUAACAUUUCAACGAAUCCUGUUGAGUCUUAUAAAACCAAUAGUUCCCUGUAAUUUGACUCAAAGCUAAGUUUACUAACCUAAACGUUAUUGCUGUGUUUCUUUACAGACUUCAUAUUAAAGAAAAGUUCACUUAGUAAAUCAUUAUACUACAAUUUCCGCUAAAUGACCUACACUAGUGCAGUAACCAUACUCAGUGAAUAUACUUUGACAAUGUUCAGCGCGUUUUGUCUGGUAGUCACAUUUAACGUAUCUUUGAUAUCUUUGAUAUGAAUCUUCAUCGACUGAGAUGGUUGGGCCACGUGUUACGUAUGCCUGAACACCGAUUACCACGACGUGCAAUGCUAUCCGGUGUUGGGGAUGGUUGGAAGAAAGUUAGGGGCGGCCAAACCAAAACGUGGCAUCAGUGCUUGAAGUCACUAACUUCUAGUCUGAGCCAUGUUGGUAGAUGCAGACUACUUGGUUGGGGUCCGCGUGACUAUCGUAACCAAUGGUUGGAGACUCUUGGUGACAUGGCUCAGAAUCGAUCACAAUGGCGUCGGUGUAUACACUCGGUUUCUUCCCUUAAACUAAGAGAUUAAAAGCGCUUCAUAUCUUUCUUUCUACUAACCAAUUCUUUCUUCUUGUACUAUAUCUCUAUAUGCAAUCUUCCUUUUAUAUAUUACCACCUUUUACCUAACCACUGUUAUGAAUCCGGUGUUCAUCUUGUUGUGCUGAUGCGGUAUGGCAACCUGGACCGAUGCACAUAAGUGCAUGGUUCUACGUUGUAGCUGACUGACUGACGAUAACCUUUAAAAAUAACUCAACGUAUAAAUUGUUCUUGAAUAUCAGUGGUUUCCGUAUUUAGUGUUAGUCCCAAUAUUGAUAUUAAGUCAAUUUUAUCUCUCGGUUCUGUUUAGCAGCCAAUUAGUACCGCUCUCAUAAAAACGGGGGUUUAACAUGUUUUCUGUACAUAUGAAAUUUAACCAUCAAAUGACUUUCAAUAUUCAAGUUUAAAGUAUAUCCUAAGAUAACUCCAUAAUACUAUAGAUAUAUAACUACCCGAAAAUAAGAGUAAACUAAACUUCGUUAGAUUAUCUUACAAUAGUUAAUCGUCUUUCUGUUGAAUUGAAUAAGUUUUUAUCGUUUCUAAAAAGUUGAUCACUAACUUUGCAUUUACAACGAAUUUCAUAGUUAGUGACAUGUCCGCUCGAGCCAGAAAACAAAAAGCUGCGGAGUCUGAGAAAAAUGAAAGUAGUCCGACAUCGUUCUCUCGAUCCGUUACGAUUGAACGCAGCCAUACAUCAUCAAGUGGAAGUCCUCGCAAAAGUUAUUCUCGCAGUGAAAGAUCUAGUAGCCCUUUGACUAUUAGUCGAUCUGAAGAAAAAGAUGAACUUGCCCAUCUGAAUGAUCGCCUUGCGGGCUACAUCGACUACGUUCGAAAACUGGAGCUUGACAAACAAAAGCUUACUAGACGUAUACAGACCGUUACAGAAGAACGAAUGAGUAAAGUUGAGGAAGCCAGGAAAACAUAUGAAGAUGAAAUUACAGCCUUAAGAAACUUGGUUGAUGAUCUGGCUAAACAAAAGUCAAAAGCCGAGCUAGAUUCCAAGCAAAUGAGAGAUGAGUUGAAUGACGUAAAGAUGAAGGCGAACAAACGAGAUCAAGAGAACCGUAAUUUACAGAGAAAGAUAGAAAAUCUUGAAAGGGAACUAAGUAAAUAUAAACAAGAUCAUGAUGCUUAUCAGCCUCUCCUUAGUGACUACCAUGUUUUAGAAAAACGGUUCGAAGAAAUGAAACGAGACCUUGAGGCCGAGACACUACUUCGGACUGAUUUGGAAAACAAAAUCCUCGGUCUUAAAGAGCAGUUAGAUUUCCGUUCUCGGUUAUUCGAUGAAGAACGUGAAAAGUUAGUUGAACGCAGUUUAUACAUUGAAGAAGAGGUCGAAGGACGCAAACAAGCUGAAUACGAAAGUCGAUUAACAGAGGAGCUAAGAUCAAUUCGAGACCAAACCGCUUCUGAAUUAGAAGAGUAUAAAAUACAAAUGGAAGAAACGUUUGAGAGCAAACUGGGACAGUUAAAGUCAUCAGCUAAUUUUAGUGCAGAAGAUGCUAGUCGCCAGCGAUCUGAGCUGUUGAUAGCUCGCAAACGUGCUGAUGAACUUUCCCACGAUUUAUCCAAGAAAAUCGCUGAGCUGGAGUUGCUUCAACGACGAGUAGCAGAUCUUGAGCGGCAGUUAACUGAUGAACGGAAAGAUUUUGAGUCGCAACUUCUUUUCCAACGCCAGGAAGUAAACAGAUUAAAAGAAGAAUUGGAAGAAAGUUUCCGUGAAUUUACCGACCUCAUGAAUACAAAAAUUGCGUUAGAUCAAGAAAUAUUGAUGUAUCGAAAAAUGUUAGAGGGUGAAGAAUCAAGACUCAACCUGACACCGGCUCCCCGUGACUCACCGUUCAACAUACCGGUCAAACGCAGGCGUGUAGAUGGAGAUUUUGAGGGUGAUGAGUCGAAUGCCAGUCUAACUGGAGCCAGUUACAGUUCAUCCCGAACAAGAUUCGCCUACCGAGUGUCAUCGACUGCACGUGGACCUGUAGAAUUUUUCAAGGAACAAGAUACACAUGGCAAGUGGAUCAAAAUACAUAACUCUUCAAAUGAUGAAAUGAGUUUAGGUGGCUGGGAACUUGUUCAUGAAGCUGAUGGUCACGAGACUCGUUUCAAAUUUUCACGGGCUUUCUCCUUAAAACCUGGAGCAAUAUGCACAAUUUGGAGUCAAGAUGCUGAAGGCAAUUCACACAAUCCUCCUGCUGACUUAACUAUGAAGAAUAAAAGUUUUCAUCCUGGCACUGAUGUCACAAUUCUAUUACUUGAUGCAGAUGGUGAAGAACAAGCCAAAUGCACAGUUAAACGAGAAAAAAUUCGUCCUGGAGUUAAUUUUGAUCGUAAAUCCGGUGUUCGUGCUCAUGAUGAGAAAUGUCAUCUUAUGUGAAAUGUGCUCUAUUGAAGAUAGAUGACCUACAUUAUUCUUUGUUUUCCCUAAUUGUAUUAACUUUCUAAUUAAUAUCAAUUUUAUAACUGCAUUUUACUAAUUCUUUGUUCUUUUGUGUUAACAAAACAAGUUAUAUAGUUUUUUUUCUUCUAUAUGCUAUCUGCUUGACUAUUCACCUUUUUUUUAUUUCGCUGACGCUUUGUUUAAUAAUGCCAACUGGUCAUAUGCUGUUGUUGUACCACGAUAUCUUCGGGAGGUAUGUUAUUGCUUUUCGUUUUUAUAUCUACAUUAACAACAGCAAACAUGUUGCCUUGUCAUAUAUCGUUGCUCCAUUCUACGGUCUCCUUAUCUGCAUGCUAUAUAUAUACGUACACACGUUAUUUUCACUGUACUGUUCGCUCAUACUGUUGUAUUCAUUGUAUUUUCAUACCUGAUUCAUGCUUAUCAUCAUAUGCACUUAUAUUAUAAACCAAUACAUUCAUUUGUUGUGUAAUC